AUGAGUAAUGUGCCAUCAUAUAUCCCUGGAGUAACAAUAGUUGUGAGAUUUAUCAUUAUAUGGAUGCUAGCUGCUCUUUCAACAAGGUCACGGGCGGCAAGUGCAGAAAAUGCUGAUUUGGAAUCAACGGCAGAAGAAUCGUCUUUGGAGGAUACAACAGAAGACUAUUGGGCUGGCAGCGGGGCUGGUCCAGAUGAAGAGGAAAACAGUAAUAAUAGUUCGAGAAAUGAAACGCGGGAGACUCUAGCACAUGAGGCCAGUGAUCACGAAGCUGUCGUGUACGUUGGCGAAGGAGCAGGAGCUCCAUAUGUACCGGUUUCGUCGUCCAAGAAUCGACCGCUCGGUCCGAACUUGCAAGCUCUGCAAACGCUACAAAGCCUGCAAGCCCUGAGCGGAGGCGGCGCUGCUGGAGCCGGUGCAGGUGCCGGCGGUGGCGGAGGCGGAGGCGGGGGUGGUUCCGGAACCGCUACCGAGGAGGACUGGCGAAGGCAUCCGGAGUCCUGGGAUCGUGAGCAUCGUCGCUACAGACCCAACACCACGAGAGUCCAACAUAUCGAGGCGGAAUGCCAGGACGACUACAUGAAAAUCCGCAUUGGUUUCAAUGGAUCUUUCAACGGCUUGCUGUACUCGGCGGGUUACUCAUACGACCCGGACUGCAUGUACGUUAACGGAACCGGCCGGGACUACUAUGAAUUUUUCAUUCAGCUGAAUCGCUGCGGCACUCUCGGUGAGAACACGCAUCAUCAGGAUAGUAGGAAAAAUCCCACGAAAAAUCUCAUGUGGAACACGGUUACCGUGCAAUACAAUCCGCUGAUCGAAGAGGAGUUCGACGAGCAUUUCAAAGUUACCUGCGAGUACGGCUAUGAUUUUUGGAAGACGGUCACUUUUCCUUUCCUCGACGUCGAAGUGGCUACGGGUAAUCCCGUGGUAUUUACCCUGCAGCCGCCCGAGUGCUACAUGGAAAUCAGGUACGGUUACGGCACAUCGGGAACCAGAGUGGCCGGACCAGUUCGAGUGGGAGAUCCACUGACGCUCAUCAUCUACAUGCGCAGCAAAUACGCAGAUGGUUUCGACAUCGUAGUGAACGACUGCUACGCGCACAACGGCGGCAACAAGCGCAUCCAGCUGAUCGACCAGUUCGGCUGUCCGGUCGACGACAAGCUCAUCAGUCGCUUCCGCGGCUCCUGGUCCGAGAGUGGACUCUUCGAGACUCAAGUGUUUGCCUACAUGAAGACUUUUAGGUUUACUGGCUCUCCGGCCCUCUACAUCGAGUGCGACGUGCGAAUGUGCCACGGCAGAUGCCCAAGUCAACCUUGUCACUGGAGAAACGCCAAGACCGUGGUGAAACGUUCGGUGUCCGAUGCCAUCGAAGGCCCGUCAACUCCGGCCACCGCUUUGUCAGAAAACGUCAAUCUCUUCCAGUCGCUCAGAGUUUUGCAAGAGGGCGAGGCUGAUACAGAAUUUUUCCAAAAUGCAACGACCCCAUCCCGCAGCAGUACUCAAGACCCGAACGUGGAUCGAGUGUGUUUGCGACCUACGCUGGUGAGCACGGUCGUAGGUCUAAACUGCGCUCUACUGUGCAUCAUGGCCGGUUCGAUGUUGGCCAUGUGUUCGAGAAUGCGACGAGUUGCUCGAGAGAAGCUCCUGUCCGACAGCAUAAGCUACAUGACUCACAAAGGACGCAUCAAUUAGACGGAAAAAUUUCGAUGCUCGCUACAGCAUCGACAAUCAUUGUAAUCUAUAUUGACACGCAUUACUCCUCCGCUCGACUACUUACAACUGCCCAAUCGACUCUUUUUAUAUACACUUCGUAAAAAUCCUCGCCUUCGUUGUACGCGCCCCAUGCGUCGCGAAUAAUCAAAUCCACUUCCAAAAUAACUCGCACAUAUGACAAUUUUUUUAACGUCGAUGAUGAUAAUAACGCCCUACGUAUAAUCUUAAUGAU